CGCCCCACGCAGCCCCCCGCGGGCAGAGGAGGCGCCGCGGUGCCCCGCGGAGGAUGGUGCGCGGCGCGCCCGGGGCUCCCCGUCGCCAGAGCCGCAGCACCGCCGCAGCCGAGCCGGCCGCGGUGGGCAGCCGACCCCCGCACCCGGCGCGGGGCCGGCGUCGGCGGUGAGGCGCGGAGGGGCCGGCGGGCGCCGCCACCACCGCCGCGGCCAUGGGGGCCCUGACCAGCCGGCAGCACGCGGGCGUGGAGGAGGUGGACAUCCCGUCCAACUCCGUGUACCGCUACCCGCCCAAGUCCGGCAGCUAUUUUGCCAGCCACUUCAUCAUGGGAGGAGAAAAGUUUGACUCCACGCAUCCGGAAGGUUACCUGUUUGGCGAGAACAGCGAUCUGAACUUCCUGGGGAACAGGCCAGUGGUGUUUCCUUAUGCUGCCCCUCCUCCCCAAGAACCAGUGAAGACUCUGAGAAGCUUGAUCAACAUCCGAAAGGACACACUGAGACUUGUCAAAUGCGCUGAGGAAAUCAAGAGCCCUGGAGAAGAAGCUAGUAAAGCUAAGGUCCACUACAACGUUGAGUUCACCUUCGACACGGAUGCCCGAGUAGCCAUCACCAUCUACUAUCAAGCCACCGAGGAGUUCCAGAAUGGGAUUGCCAGCUACAUUCCAAAAGACAACAGCCUGCAGUCGGAGACUGUGCACUAUAAGCGAGGGGUGUGCCAGCAGUUCUGCCUGCCCUCGCACACUGUGGACCCCUCCGAGUGGGCCGAAGAGGAGCUCAGCUUCGAUCUGGACCGAGAGGUUUACCCUCUGGUGGUACAUGCUGUGGUGGAUGAAGGCGAUGAGUAUUUUGGCCAUUGCCAUGUAUUGCUGGGCACAUUCGAAAAGCACACAGAUGGGACGUUCUGUGUCAAGCCCCUCAAACAGAAGCAGGUGGUAGAUGGGGUCAGCUACCUCCUUCAGGAGAUCUACGGAAUAGAAAACAAGUACAACACCCAGGAUUCUAAAGUGGCUGAGGAUGAAGUGAGCGAUAACAGUGCUGAGUGUGUGGUGUGUCUCUCCGAUGUCCGGGACACCUUGAUCCUGCCCUGCCGCCACCUCUGCCUGUGUAACACCUGUGCAGACACCCUGCGCUACCAGGCCAACAACUGCCCCAUCUGCCGGCUCCCCUUCCGGGCACUGCUUCAGAUCCGAGCCAUGAGGAAAAAACUGGGCCCCUUGUCCCCAACCAGCUUUAAUCCCAUCAUCUCCUCUCAGACAUCUGACUCUGAAGAACACUCGUCCUCAGAGAAUAUUCCACCAGGUUAUGAAGUGGUGUCUCUUCUGGAGGCGCUCAAUGGGCCUCUCACCCCGUCCCCAGCGGUUCCUCCACUUCACGUGCUCGGAGACGGCCACCUCUCAGGAAUGCUGCCUUCAUACGGCAGUGACAGCCACCUGCCCCCCGUCAGGACACUGUCCCCCCUUGACCGCCUGUCUGACUGCAGUAGCCAAGGACUCAAGCUCAAAAAGAGUCUCUCCAAAUCUGUCUCCCAGAAUUCUUCCGUGCUUCACGAAGAGGAAGACGAGCACUCCUGCAGCGAGUCAGAGACCCAGCUAUCUCAGAGACCCGUGGCUCAGCAUCCCGGGGAGGAAUGUGGCGUGACCCCAGAAAGCGAGAACCUCACCCUAUCUUCCUCAGGGGCUAUUGACCAGUCGUCUUGCACAGGGACUCCACUCUCUUCCACCAUCUCUUCCCCAGAAGACCCCGCCAGCAGCAGCCUGGCCCAGUCGGUCAUGUCCAUGGCUUCCUCCCAGAUCAGCACGGACACCGUCUCCUCCAUGUCUGGCUCCUACAUUGCUCCUGGCAAUGACGAGGAAGGAGAGGCCGUCCCUUCCCCCGAGGUUGCCAGCAGAGCCCCCUCAGAAGAAGGAGAGGGGACGCCGGCAGAGUCUCCGGAUAGCAACUUUGCUGGCUUCCCAGCAGAACAGGAUGCAGAGGGAAAUGACGUCAUAGAGGAAGAGGAUGGAUCUCCCAUGCAAGAAGCUGGCCAGAGGACAUGCGCAUUUCUAGGUAUGGAGUGUGACAAUAACAAUGACUUUGACAUCGCAAGCGUGAAAGCACUGGACAAUAAGCUGUGCUCUGAGGUCUGCUUACCCGGUACCUGGCAGGCUGAUGACAACGUUGUCAGCCAGCGCCGGCGCUUAUCAUCCAGCAGCCUGGAGGACCCGGAGGAGAGCAGGCCCUGCGUGUGGGGGCCUCUGGCUGUCUGAGAACACCCACCUCUGCACCCAGGCCCCACCCGUGUCCAUCCGUCCUCACUGGACCACCGGCCUCCUGCGCGCCUGGGAGGUGUGCACACUUGACCUCCAAGGGCAGCUGGACACGGAGUCAGCACACUCUCCUCCCAACCAGUUUCCUAUGCCUGACCCUUGCCCUGUCAGAAGAGACCGGAAUCUCUCCUUUCUCCUAUGGGCUAACACUCAUGAGACCCUCCGCAGAGACUGGCCUGUGCCCGCGGACCUGCGCGGCGGGUGGAGCCGAGGACUCCCAUCUUCUCAAGACAGUAGAUCAAGCAGACUCAAGAGUCUGGGCAGCUGUGUUACACCCACCUGGCAGUUUCUGAUCUCCGCUCCUCGUAAUCAGUUCAGAACCUCCAGUUUGGGUGUUAGAAAGGCUCCCGUGAGAAGGAAGGGCCAUCUUGUCCCCUGUGAACUCGGCCCCUCCCCAGGGCACCAGGGGCUACUUUCUAAAGGACAGGGAGAUGGCACAACUCAAGUGUAAUUGGCGACCGGCUCCUGCUUGUGGUAGCAGGGCUGGGCUCCUGUGUUCAUGUGCCUGACUGAGACCCCAGGGGUAGGACGGUGCCCCUUGCGAGACCUGGGCAGGAAGGCAGCACUGCAAGAAGCUCAUGUACACCUCUCUGUGUACACCCAUGGGGGACAGGGGGGGUCCUAACACAACUGCCCUCAUCCCUUGUCUCCAUCUUCUUUUUUUUUUUUUUUAAUAACUGAGGAAAUAGGCAAAGAAAGCUGUAGACCAGUGCCACUCAAAAGUGACGUCCAGGGUCACCAAAGAAAAUUGUGCAGAGCCCCAGGCAGUAGCAGUGGCCUGGGAGCCGGAGAGAGGGCUGGGGUCAGGGCCUUCCCCUUGAGGACGCGCCACACCUUCGAUGCGCUCCCAGCCUUCCAGAUCUUCGUGGGGAGCCUGACAGGCCAGGGGCAGGCGGAGGUGGCUUAGGGAUGGUCACGUUGGCUUCCAGACCAAGCUUGUCCUAGCAAGUCUGGCCUGGAAGUUGUUGGGUGACCCACCUUUCUCAUUUCAAUGUAUUCCUCCUGUCUGCUGGCCUAUUCGGUGGGACAUGCGGCAGCCUGGGAAGCAGAAUUGGAAACAGAAGUGGGAGAGCCUUGGGUUUGUGCCUGCUGUGUGUUAGGAUUGGCAGUUGUUGCCUACCUAGGAGAGCUUUCCAAAAAAAAAAAAAAGCUAGCCAGGCAGGCACUGGUGGCUCACGCCUGUAAUCCUAGCCACUCAGGAGGCUGAGAUGUGAGGAUCACACAGUUCAGAGCCCGCCCAGGCAGGA